UAAACUAACUCAGUGCUUGAGUUUGGCAUUUAUUUUUAUUAAAAAUUGAAUCACAGUUUUAGUUACAAUUUGUGAACCUAAAAACACAUUCCAAAAAAUCUGUAUGUUAUCAGAAAAACCUAUUCUCGCGACAACGUUUAAUCAUCAAAACCAGCUCGCAACAAUACCCACACUGACAUCCAGAAUGGUAUUCGUUCUAUACCGCUAAGCUGUCUGUGUUAUAAAUAUUUACUCCCUCUCGACGUUUCACUCUAGUGGUGUUUAUCGCUGCGAACAGUCAUGAAGGUCGGACAAAAUUUAUUUAUACUCUUCUGCGUGCUGCUGCUGCUGGAACGCCGUGGCACAGUCGGGUCUAAGAUCCUGUGCCUCCACCCGAGCCCAACCCGGUCCCACCUGAUGAUCAGUCAAGCCUUGCUGGAGGGUUUAGCCGAACGAGGUCAUCAAGUCACGAUGGUCAGCUCGUACAAAAUGUCGAAACCGGUACCCAACUAUCGAGAAGUGGUGGUCCCGAACGAUGACUUCACCAGCAAAUUGGCUAGGAGUUUUCUCGAAAAGCCGGCCAACCUGUGGAAGUCGAUGCCUCAGUUGUUUAUGAACAUGAUGAACAUAGCGAAUCGUACCCUAAACGAUCCAGAAUUUUUAGCGCUGAAGUCGGAACAUUUCGAUCUGGUGAUUGUGGGUUUGUUUAUGCCGGACUUUGUCCUCGGAUUGGGCCCACACUUUGGAGCACCGACCGUAGUUCUUUUCACCGCCGGGCUUUCGUCGAUGACGGCUGAUCUGGUCGGAAAUCCGCUGGCCAUUGCUGCGGUACCGCAUAUGGUGAUGGGAAAAGUUGCUCACAUGAACUUUAGAAAUCGACUCAGAAACUUCAUAAUUCAAACAGCCGAAAUUUUAACAAUGUCUAUCGCGCGUUAUUAUCAGAGACAAUAUUAUGAAUGGAACUUUCCACCUGAUAAGUAUCCUAGCUACGAUGCGGUUCUUAAAAAUGUUUCCUUGGUUCUGUUAAACAGUCACUUCUCGGCCGGAACACCGCGACCGUACCUUCCGAACGUGAUUGAAGUCGGUGGACUGCAGAUUAAAACCCGCACGGAUCCUUUGCCGCAGGAAAUUCAACAGUGGCUGGACGGAGCCGAACAUGGUGCCAUCUACUUUUGCUUAGGUUCGAAUCUAAAAUCCGCCGAUAUGCCAGAGGAAAAGUUAAACAUCAUUGUCAGAACACUGAGCAGGUUGAAGCAACGCGUGCUGUUCAAGUGGGAAACCGAAGAGUUGCCAAAUCAACCCGCGAAUGUGAUGACAAAAAAGUGGCUGCCGCAAAGUGAUGUUUUGGCCCACAAAAACUUGGUUUUGUUUGUGUCUCACGGUGGCUUGGGUGGAAUGGCAGAAGCUCGCUAUCACGGGGUCCCCGUGCUGGGAAUGCCGAUGUUUGCCGAACAGUCAGGAAAUGUUCAGGCGGCGGUUGUGGAAGGGUGGGCUAUUGAGUUGGAUUAUCAUAAAAUCAGUGAAGAGUCAUUUGCGCAUGCUAUCGGACGGUUGCUGAACGAGCCAAACUUUAACAAGAAGGCGAAGGAAAUUUCUAUGGUUUUUCGCGACAGGCCGCAAAGUGCACUGGAGCUGGCCUGCUACUGGGUGGAGUAUGUAUUACGAUACAAAGGAUCGCCCCACAUGCGCUAUCAGGGGGUGGAUUUGAACUUUUGGCAACUUCACUCGCUUGAUGUGAUUAGUUUUAUCCUGGCGGUAAUAUAUUUAGUGUGGAAAGUGACAAUUUUCGUCUUUCGAAGAGUAAAACUAAUUGUCUGUAGACGAAAUCGUAAACAGAAAACAAACUAACACUUCCGUUGUCGUGUUACGUAAUUGAGGCAAUCUAAGACAGUUCAGAAAAAUAUUGAGUCGUUAAGAGGCCAAGCCUGCCCAAUUUAAAAGGAAUUUGCGAAACAAACAGCAAUAUAGUCAGAUGACUGCUGUGUGUAUAGGAUGAACAACUUGAUUCGUCAUCCGUUAAUGGUACUAGUGUGAAGUUAUUUUGCUGCUAUCGUCCCGCUAUCAUCGCAGCAAGUGUGGUUGUCUACCUCAAUUUGUUGAUUAAUCUACAGAGACUGAUGGCCAUUGUAUAUGUAUGAGUAGGCGCUUAUGUUAAGUGAUGACGGACGGUGUUUCAAGCUUGGAACUAAGUCACAAUAAAAAUGUUGUCUAGAUCGGAUGUUUCACAGGUUCACUCAAAAGAAAAAAAAAUGAGAAACGUUCUUCAGUUUGAGUGCGUGGUAUGUUAUUUCAUAAGCUUUCGUACAUUUUGGCACACACCAUCAUUUUUUUUAUUUUAUGUAUUCCAUACAUAUUUGGUUGAAAAUAUUUCUGCAUGAUUAUAGUUUUGUUUGAGUUCUUCAAUCAAAUAAUGGUAAUUAAUAUAACUUUCUCUUUUUCCACACGCAAUUCACAAGCUUACGAACAAUAUUUACUAAAUAUGCAAACCCAGUUUCAAUACAAUACUUUUACAUCACAGUAACAUUUUUCAGUAGCAGAAGGAGGUUUGUUGAGACCAUUAUUAUGCAUUUUACACAAAAAUACACAGCAAAAAAAGUGCAAAAACAAAAGUGGUAGAUCACAUUUUCAUUUACUGCAUAAAAUAGUGAUUUUUCAUCGGUUAAAAAGCAGAUGGACGGUUUGUUUUGGUUUAAAAAAAUUUAAAAAAAAGCAAAGCUUUGGUGCUACAUUCUGAUUCGGAACUUGACCUUCUGUUUAUUCAUACACAGACUUUGCCACCGACUGUUCAGUGUACAGGACAAUUGCGGGGCUAGCGCUACGAUCCUACUGACACUAACAGUCUUUCCCGUGUCGAGACUCGAACCUACGACGACUGGCUUGUUAGGCCAGCAUCGUACCUCGAGACCAUCUGGGGGAGAAUAAAUUAAACAAUUAAAAAAAAUUAAACAUGUGGAAUAUUUGGUAAAAGCGAAAAAAAUAUGAAAGUACAGGUCAGACUCGAUUAUCCGGAACAUCAAAAAAUUUUUCGUUCCGGAUAAUCGAAUCACACAAAAAAUACCUAAAUUUUGCGAUUAACGAACAUAAAAUAAAUAUUUCUUUUCUUUGAUUACUUGUAUGAUGCAGUGGCGUAACCAGCAGUUAUUUCUGAGGCAAAAAGGGGUAAAAUCUUGAGAAGCAAAAAAAAUAAAUGGGACAUUGAUUAUUUUCACUUAAUUCGAACAUGUCCCAAACAUGCCGGAAUUUAAUUAAAUGGUAACAAAUAUGCCAGAAGGGAUGGUGAAGACAAAAUUUCGGAAUAAAAAUUGAAAACGGACACCAAAAAAACAAAAUUCCGGAUAAUCGAGUCUAAAAUUCCGGAUAAUCGAAUUCCGGAUAAUCGAGUUUCCGGAUAAUCGAGUCCGACCUGUAAUAUGAAUUGAAUAUCAGAUAUAUGCUAGGGCAACAAGACAAUAGCCAACACUAAAAAAAUAGGUCAACACAAGUUUUGCCCUAAAGCUCAGACUGGAAACAUAUGGAAGAUUAUUGCUUGUAAACUCCAGCUCGGAAGUGCGUCAAAAGGCCGCAGAGUAAUUGUUUACCGGGUUCGUUGCUUUUACGUUGGCUUAUAAACAGGCUUAUCGUUUCCCCUCAGAGAAUCACUAGCGUGUAAGAGAAUAUCUUUUACUGCGAAAACAACUGUUCUCGCACUGGUAAGCAAAUCAACGCACUUCCUGCGAGAGAGCAGCGCAUCAUGUGUAUCGAAGAUGCUUACAAAAAAGGGGGGGGGGGAUUCUGAAGUAUCUCUCUUCAGAGAUUAUAAACAGAGCUCACUGCAGUGCUUUUACAGUGUGUCUCUUGAGCAUUGAUCAAAUGAGGGAAGCAUCUAGGUAGGAAAGUAAAUUGCGUUUUUCAUUCAUAUAAUAUUUCGAAUUUCUAAAUAAAAUAUUUACACGUUCCCAGAAGUUAUUUAUGAAAAAUGACUUUUUCAAGCUUAAAAACCUGAUUUUUAAUUUUUUUUGCAGCUUUGAUCGAUUCCCACAUUUUUCCGUAUAUUUUUUGUGGGGUUGUUUUUGAAUAUUUUGCAUGGUUUAGUUCAGCAUCGCAUUCAGUUAUUUGACUCAAACAACAAUAUCGCACGCUAGCCUGAGGAAACAAUGGGGUCUCGAUCAACUAGAUUAGUUGAGAGAAUUCGUUUUCGAUAUUGUUUUCGGCACAUUUUGCAUGUUGUAGGAUAAGUACAACGAUACACCGUGCCCCAGUGCUGAGUUGAUAACAUUUCCAGCUCGAAAAGAUCCUUAACCUGAUCGGGAAUCGAACCCGAUAUCACCACCGUGUGGGAGAGCUAGCCGACCGAUAUCGCUAACCACAGAACCACGGGCACCACACAAUUAUUUGACUCACAGAGCCCAUUUAAAUAUCGCGAAUAAGAAAAUUUUCAGAUAAAAUCCUCCAAAACACAAAUAAAAAAAUUCGGUCAGGAACUGAAAUGUUUACUGCACAGCGUGAUUUAUGACGAAAAUUUACACGAAAAAAGAUCCUUAAUAUCUUAUCUUAUCUGUCGUAUAAAUAACGCUUGCACAGCAGUGUGUGUAGUUAGGGAUGAAUAAUAGAAUAAGUCGGCAGCGAAAUGUGAUACGCAUUGCGGGUUCAAGUCCCGUCGGGAUGCGAUAUAUUUUUCCAAAUCUGUAUCAUAUUUCCAGUUCGCUUAUUUUCCGCUUUCUCUGCUGCACACAUUGUCUGCUUAAUGAACUUAUCGGGAGGCUGAGAUAUUGGCAUUUUUACAUGUGAUGGAAAACUAAGCAGGUUAAGCACCAUGACUUUUUCAACCUCGAUUUUUUUUGAACAGCCUAACCGCGAUGUACUUCUUUGUAUUCUCACUAGUGUGAUUCAUCGCUCUUGUUUCGCACAGUUGGGAGGUGAGCAGCCAGUGUGUUAAUUUUAAGUGGCAGAAGCGCAGCACGAAGCAAAAGAAAGAAGUUUGGUUCAAAAAAAUAUUCCCCGCAGCGCUCAUGCUGAAGAAGUGUGCAGUGAACUUUAACUCCGCUCUUUCCACAUAUUGAGGAGAAUAACGAGCCUGCAAAUGGGAAAAUUUCAUUAGGGUCUGAAGACUUUACGCACUCCCGAACUGGCUAAGGGCACAAAAACUCACAGGAACGGUUAAAAAGUUUAAAAAAGGAACUCAAACACAAAAAAAAUGAAAGGUUAUAGCUUUUCAACUUUUCUUGUGAAUUUUGGUGCUUCUAGUCACGUCGGAAAAUCAUAAAAUUUCCAGAGACUUAAAUGGAUUUUUCCCGUAUGCAAAUGUAGAAGCGACGAACUCGGCAAGCAAUUACUCUGUGGCCUUUUGACGCACUUCUUAGCUUGCUAAGGUCAUUUCCAGUUUCCAGUUUGAGCUCAAGGGCAACAUUUUUUAACGCUUUAGUCAACUAGUGUAAUAAAAGGAAAAUGCCCUAGUGAAGGAAGAUAUAGAAUGAAAAAAAAAUCGGAUAAGAACCUUGUUUAACCAACGUCGCGGUUAGAAAAAAUCAGGCUUUGCAAUUACACUUCAUUACUCAAAAACGUAUAAGGUAUCGACCUCAUUUGACGCACGUUUAAUCAAAUAUUCGUUUAAAAAAAAUACAAUUUUUGGUGUAA